ACAAGAAGUACUUAAACUAUUCAUUCAAUAUGAAGUUUGUCUUAUUUUUGUUGUUGGUAAUUGCAAUAAUAGUGACUUUUGCGGAAGCUAUUGAUUGGUGUCAGAUGCAGGCACAGUAUUGUAGUGGACGCGAGCAUAUUAUGUGUCAACCCAACUCUUUUCCAAUGGGUCAAAAUGUGAGGAACAUUCAAAUGGUUACAAUGACUCCGGCAAUUAUCCAGGCUGGUAUCGAUCGCCACAAUUACCAUCGAAGUAAUGUAGCUUCUGGUAGGGUCGGAGGGAUCCCAAGUGCUAGUGCCAUGCAGCAAAUGUCUUGGCAUCCGGAUUUGGCUUUGGUGGCUGCCGAACAUGCUCGUCAUGGAAAUUUCCAGCAUGAUCAGUGCCGUGGAUUUACAGAGUUUCCAAUGUCUGGACAAAAUCUUGCUAUUAGAUGGUCAUCUGCAUCUUUUACAAACUUCGCGCAAGAGUUUGUGUCCUUCGUUGACUUAUGGUACGACGAGAUGCCCAUUAUCCGAGAUAGUAGGCUUUCCUGUAUUGAUUCCUUCACGACUUCCAAUCCUAAUUGCUUAGAAGCUGGACAUUUUACUGUGAUGGUUAAUGAUAUCAAUGCAUUUCUGGGGUGCGCUCUUGUGACUUUUGAACAGCAAAUGGGAACAACUUGGUGGAAUUCAAUCAUGCUAACUUGCAAUUAUGCUGGAAAUAACAUUAUUGGACAGAGGCUCUAUGCCAGAGGAACUCCUUGUUCGGGUUGUGCUUCAGUUGGAAGGCAAUGCGAUGCUUCAACAAGUCUAUGCGUCUGAAAGGACAGUACUCACAGAUU